AUGGCUAAUAUUUCUACUAAUAUCAAAAUCGACAUUGAUUAUAUCAGUGCAGCAUGUAACUGUUGUCCACAUUCACUAGAUUGGCAGAAUGGACCACGACUUAUUUAUGCUGUAACAAAUAGUGUAGCUCUGUGUUCGGAUACUGCACCAUUUUCAAUACGUAAAACAUUUUCUGGUCAUCAAGCACGAGUAAAUUGUGUGAAAUGGAUUCGACAAGAGCAACGAAAUUCCAUUAGUGAUUUUUAUUAUUUUCUCAGUGCAUCUGUUGAUAAAACAAUCUGCUUAUGGAAAGGAAUAGACGACGAUUAUAGAAUAUGUAUUUCACUUGUUGGACAUCAGAAUAGUGUGACAACUCUUAUUGGAUAUCAGCAAUCUUCUAAUGAUAAUAUCUAUGUAGCUAGUGGUUCUGCAGAUUCCACAGUAAAAGUUUGGUGUAUUGUUGAUACAAUAGCUACUUUAAUUCAUACACUUGAUCUUCAAAAUGGUUUUGCUAUUACACUGGAAUUCGUUCCAUUAGAUAAUCAUAAAAAUGUAUCCUUAUUGUUUGUUGCAACCGAUAAAAAUACAGUUAAUAUAUAUCAAGUAUCAAACAGCGUGAUUGAACAAGUUUUUGUAUUAAGUGGACAUGAAGACUGGAUACGUUCAAUAGCAAUUCAAAAAUUAACACCGUUACAAUGGUUUGUUGCAACUUGUUCUCAAGAUAAUUAUAUUCGUAUUUGGCAAUUGUCAUUUGAUGAAAAUAAUAAUCAAACAAAUGUUGAUGAGACAAUAUUAAAGUUAAAACGAAGUUCAUUCGCUCUAAAAAAUUCUGAUGAAUCUUCAAUUAAUAUUAAUGUUGAACUUUAUUCAAUUUUACUAGGACAUGAAGAAGCUAUUUAUGGUCUUUGUUGGUAUCCCAACACAGAUUUGAAAAAAGCAGCAACAACAAUCUUAUCAGCAUCAAUGGAUAAAUCAAUGGUUUUAUGGACUUUUGAUGAUAAUCAAAAAAUGUAUAUCGAUAAGGCUCGUGUUGGUGAAGUAGGAGGUAAUACACUUGGCUUUUAUGGCUGUACAUUUAGUCCAUGUGGUUCAUAUAUACUUGGUCAUGGUUAUGAAGGUGCUUUACAUUUAUGGAAAAUUGAAGAAAUUGAUGAUAGAAUUAAUUUAGUUCCACAAGUAAUUAAUAGUGGACAUUUUAAUACAGUUGAAGAUUGUUGUUGGGAUAAACACAGCGGUCGCUACUUACUAAGUGUAUCAACAGAUCAAACAACACGUCUACAUGCUGAGUGGAAACGAGAUGAAAUCAUUUCAUGGCAUGAAAUUGGUCGACCACAAAUUCAUGGCUAUGAGAUGAAAUGUUUAGCAUUUAUUGGUUCAAAUCAACAACGUUUUGUAUCCGGUGCUGAUGAAAAAAUUUUGCGUGUAUUUGAUGCACCAAAAAAUUUUCUUGAAAAUUUUUCUCGCAUAACAAAAAUUAAUGUUGAUGAAGAUAUUGCCAGAGCACAAUCUUUACCUGAAGGUGCUAAUAUACCAGCAUUAGGUUUAUCAAAUAAAGCAAUAUUUGAUAGUGAUGAAAAUCAAACAACAACAAUAGUCAACGAAGAAAAUCCAAUGACUGUUGAUGCAUUAUAUAAGGAAGGAUUUUUUAAAGCAACUAUUUUGAGUGAGCCACCACUUGAAGAACAUCUUUUACAAAAUACACUUUGGCCUGAAAUCCAAAAGCUUUAUGGACAUGGUUAUGAAAUCAUUGCUGUAGCAUCAAAUCCGUCCGGGUCAAUCGUUGCUUCAUCGUGUAAAGCAACUCAACAAAACGAUGCAGCUAUCAUAUUAUGGAAUACAAAUACUUGGAAACCUGUUGUUCGUCUUGUUGUACAUCAAUUAACAGUUGUUCGAAUGGUUUUUUCGAAUGAUGGUCGAUAUUUAUUAUCGGUAUCACGUGACCGAUCUUGGUCAUUAUUUGACGUAGAUGAAUCAGACUUUCAAGCUCGUUUACAUAAACGAAUAUCAAGUAAUAAUCCAUAUCAUAAACGUAUAAUUUGGACCUGCAGUUUCUCGCACAAUGAUAAAUAUUUUAUAACGGGUGCACGCGAUCAACAAAUCCAUGUAUGGCAUGUCAAAGAAAAAAGUGAUAAUGAUAAUGAGCAACCUUGUGAAAAAAACUAUUUAAAACUAAAUGAUUCGGUUACAGCUGUUACAUUUGGAUCUCACUUAAUACAGAAUGACAAGUAUAUUGUUGUAGCAGGACUUGAUAAUGGAUCUAUUUUUCUCUAUACUUGGAAUGAACAAAUAUCUUGGCAACAAAUAACAUCAAUUGCACCACCACUUGGCUUUCAUUUAACUGUGAAUCAAUUAUGUUUUCGGCCAUCAUCAUCAUCGUCAUCAUCCUAUCAACUAGCUGGUUGUUCUAAUGAUGGAACUGUUCGUAUUUUCAGCAUUUCAUUAUCGUGA